CAAAGGAAUUAAAAAUGAACUGGAGAAAAUUACGCAAAAUUCAUUAUUUAAGGAUGGGUUAAUUUUUUGUCUUAGAUCCAGGAUAAGUAAUCUGGAAGAUAAACUAGAUCAGAUUGUUUCGCAACCACAUCAGAUAAUUUAUAAUUCAAAAAUAGGUAGUAUAGAAGCGAACUCAGCCUCAUCAUCCAACGAUUAUAAACAUGAUGAAGUAGUAGAAGAGAUACCUCAUUUUUCUUCACACUACUCAGAGUGUGAAUCUGAUGGAAAAGAAGAUUAUGUUCAGCCGUACUUGUUAUUACAUUAG